AUGCUCCACAAUGCCCUAAUUCGAACCCACCACAUUACCUCGCGCAAGAAAGUUGCCACCCUUAAACGCGCUGCCGAUGUCCACCAAUGCUACGUGCUCUUGCGCUCCGGCGGCUGCCCGGGAAUCAUGUACGUCGAGGGCCGAGACAAAGUGCAGGUUGAGGGGUGGGUUGGGGUGGUGCGCAAACUGCGGUAUAAAGAUUUUCAACUCGUCACGAGGCCUGGCUCCUUGGAACCGGAGGGUGGACAGAGCGAGGGGCAGGGGGAGGGGAAGGAAGAGUUUGAUAUAGGGCUGGAAGAGGUUGAGAGUGUGAAAGAGUUUGGGAAUUGUAUGGAGAAGCGUGGAGUGUGGAAUUGGUGGAGGAAAGGAAUGGGAUAUUCUUGA